AUGAAAUCUACUACGGCCACCAUCUGUCUCGCGCUGUUGCUCCCCGCCGUAUCGGCCACGGUUCACACCCUUUGUUACAACUACUUCAUGCAGAAGGACGGAUGUGUUUACUCUGCGGCAGCGGUGGACCAAAGAUGUCCAGCUCCAGUUAAACCUCACCCUCAACCAGUCCACAUGUUCCAAGAUCAGACUGCCCACAGGAAGCGCAGCGAAAGUAACGCGUUGGAGCGCCGAUAUAACACCAACAAACCGAGCUUCUACGUCUCAGGUGGUGAUGGUACGUGUGGUCAUUACGACACCUCCACCGAUCUCGGCGUGUGCCUUUGGAAUGGACCGGAGCAAAACAACCCGACCCCAGAAACAGCCGGAUGGCUUAACGGUGCCAAAACAUCCAAUUGCGGCAAGCAAGUCUACAUCCAACGAAAAGGACAGCCUAACACAGUGCAAUACGUCAAGGUUCUCGAUGGAUGCAGCUUUGAUAUCAAGACGCCUGAUGCGGGAUGCUUCGAGAUUGCCAUAACUCUCGCGCUCUUCUACAAAUUCAAUCCCACUCCCAAAGAGUUGCAUGACGGCAAGAUAUAUGAAGGAUUCACCUGGGACUUUAACAAUCUCAACGGUACUAAGCUCCAACAGGCUCCGGUCUGA